UGGGUAUCUAUUCGGUUAUUCAAUUGACCUCCGAUCCGGCCACGCAUCAGGGCAUUUAAAUAUCAGACAUGAUGCUUCUGAACUAUAAAGGUCGGCGCCGAAAAGUUUUCGUAGGCACGUAGAAUGACUUCCUACAACUCCCCCUUUCCUGAUGUUCCUAUCGUCAAUCGCUCCCUUUUCACCCAUCUUCUGCACAAGAGCAAGGAUAGUAAACUCAUCGGUGGUCACCCCGCUGAUUUACCUGUCUUCAUCGACUCUGCUACUGGGACUGUUUUAACUCGAAGGAAACUGCGCUCCCUGUGUCUUUCUCUUGGAUACGGUCUUCGACAUCACGGUACGAAACGAGGGGAUACGGUUCUUGUGUUCUCGCCCAAUGCACUCUCUUAUCCUGUCGUCCUUCUCGGUGCAAUCUCCGCCGGUCUGAGGUGCACGCUGGCUAAUAACGCUUACACUAGCCAUGAGCUUGCACAUCAGUACACGGAUAGCCGGGCACGGCUGAUAUUUGCGCCCGAAGACAGCCUGCCUGUUGUACGCGCGAUGUUCGAGGAAAUUGGUGUGGGAGCUGAUGAAGCCACUGCGAGGAUUAUCGUUCUUGGAAGGGGACUAAAGUGGGCGGGUGGUCCAGAUGCUCCCCGUACAUCUUUAAUGCACAUGGAAGAUUUGCUCGGAAUCGGCUCGCUGGAAGGGGAGGAGAAAUUUGAUGGGAAGCGUGCGCAUGAGACUGCCCUGUUGUGUUAUAGUUCAGGAACAACCGGUAAACCGAAGGGUGUUGAGACUACACACCAAAAUCUUACUUCGGAGAUCGACAUGCUGGCCGCAGUGUGGGCUCAUGGUUCUGGGAACAUGCAUCUCGGUUUCCUACCUAUGUAUCAUAUCUACGGCGCUGUCAUCAUCCUCUUUCUCACACAAAAACUCGGUCAUACUAGCGUCAUCCAAGAGCGCUUUGACCCACUGCGAUUUUGCCAAGACAUUCAGAAAUACAAGAUUCAAAUUGUCAUGCUUGUUCCACCCAUAGCAGUAUUCCUCUCUCGGCAUCCAUUGGUGGAGAAAUUCGACUUUUCGUCGUUGAAGUUGUUGACAUCUGGAGCUGCUCCGUUGGGCCCUGAAUUGACGAACCAGGUCACCGCUCGACUUCCGUCGCUCAACGUGAAUGGGUCGGUUAUACAAGGUUUCGGCAUGACUGAACUUUCACCCGUAACACAUCUACUACCCGUAGCCGAUGCAGUACGAAAGGCAGGGAGCAUAGGCUUGCUCCUACCUAAUCUGCAAUCCAGAAUUGUUGACGAAGAUGGUCGUGAUGCUCAGACAGGAGAGAUGUGGAUCAAAGGGCCUACGGUGAUGAAGGGAUACAUCAACAAUCCGACCGCGACUACGAACACCAUUACGAAGGACGGGUGGUUAAAGACAGGUGACAUUGCUAUCAGGGAUGAUGAGGGAUAUUUCUUCAUCGUCGAUAGAGUGAAAGAAUUGAUCAAGUAUAAGGGAUUCCAAGUUCCUCCGGCAGAGCUAGAGAGUGUACUUCUCAGUCAUCCGGGAGUGGCUGAUGUAGCUGUAAUUGGUAUUGAAGACGCCGCACAGGCUACCGAGCUACCGAGGGCAUAUGUCGUACCCACGCACCCCGAAGAACUGAGGACCGACGCGCAAAAGGUGGAAUUGGGGGCGAAGAUAGCCAAAUGGAUGGAGUCCAAAGUGGCUAAGCAUAAGUAUUUGCGUGGAGGCGUUUUGACAAUCGAUGUUAUACCUAAAAGUGCUGCGGGGAAGAUUCUUCGACGGCAGCUGCGUGAUCUGGCGAAGAAGGAGGUACGGAGUCGGCUGUGAUACCUAUAUUCUUGGCUCCUCUGGGUACUGUAUAACAUGUUAAUUAGUCUCCGUUUUGGAUGAGUCACUUUGAGUGUUAUGCGCGCGCGAAAGUCACCAGCAAAUGCAAUGGGUCUUGCUAUAAUGGCAGAAAUACGAGGAAUAUCGAUGUAGCGUGCGAGUUACUACUAUUUGAUAUAUAAGUGAAUUCUCAACUCUCGAUUUUCCAUAAA